GGGUGCAGGACGCGCGUUGCUGAGCGCGGUGUGCAACGAGUCCAACGCAGGGUCAGGGGCACCCUGAGUCAGAUCGGCUCCAAACUUCCCCGGCUGGGACUCAACAACCAGAAGCUACCCAAAGUCACCGUGAACCCACACGAGGUAGACCACACGUACCACUGCAGCUUUGUGGAGCAGCCCUCACCCUCUUGGACCUCCGUGGACUCCUUCUCCUCCUUCGACACCAUGGAGGAUGGCCCUGUGUACUGCAUCCCCGAAGGCAGCGCGCGAGGCUCCGAGAUGGCGGAAAUCCCGGAACUGGAGCCGGAGCUGGAUCCGGACUCUGACUCCGACUCCGCGGGGCCCGCGGUGGGCACCCCGCCUCGCCCGUCCGCCGAGCUACCCCCAGCCAACCACGCCGCCGGUAGCUCACCAGCAACAACGAUCGCCACGGCAACAGCAACAACAACAACAGCAGCAGCAGCAGCAACGGCGGACUACUCGAUGCUGUCGGAGGCGCACACGAAGGUGCCAGCCGUGUAUGCCCACGUGCACCCGCCCGGCGCCACCGGCGCCACCGGCACCACCGGCGCCACGCCGCUGUCGUCCCAGCGUGGCAGGAUGGGGGGGGGGCGUCACGGGCGCGCCUCCUCUCGGCACCGCGAGCUGCCGACGCCGCCGCCGCCGCCGCCGACGUUGCCGGCGGCGACGACGCCGCCGCCGCCGCCGCGGCCGCCGGACCCCACCACCAAGCCCAAGCUGUCGUGGUUGCACGGCGGCGACGCUGUUUACGACGUGCCCCUGCCGGGCGGUGCCGGCGCCGGCCACCGGCGGAGGCGGGUGGGCGGUGCGGCGGCGCAGGGCGGCG